AUGUCUGGUCUUCUUCGCCCUCGAAACCUUGCCAUCGGUGCCGGUGUUGCUGGAGGCUUGGUUCUCUUUGCUCAAUCUCGAACAGGACAAAACUUCGAUCCAAUCCGCAAUCCCCCCAACACCCUGGGCGUCCAGAACAUCAACGCCCGCUUCUCCAAAGCCGGCGGAACGGAGAAGGGCACGCCGGCCGUCGCUUCCACCCUAGGCUCGGCGGACAAGGAGGACACGGCGCAUUACCACGAGAACAACGUUGCCAGCGGGAAGUCGAGCAGCAGAUCUGACAGCAAGUUGAGCAACAAGUCCGAGAAGAAGUCGGGGAGCUUGCCGGGAAAACCUCCGGGCAAAGGGCAAGAGCAGAAGGGCGCCGAGGACGCCGAUGCCAACGCGGCGGAUCGUAAGGGACAAACCGGCAGAGAAGGCAGCCAUGGGAACGAUUGCGGUACACAAGCUGACUUCCACUUCCAUCCACAGUAA